AUGAAAAACCAUGAUCAAGUUUUUUCAAACAGGCAAAGAUUAAGUAUAGCUCGUAGACUCUUCGAUGGCUCCAAGGAUGUAGCAUUUUCUCCUUAUGGAGAGUAUUGGAGGCAACUUAGAAGCAUUAUUGUGCAUCAACUUUUAAGUAACAAAAUGGUUCAAUCAUUUCGACGUGUUCGAGAAGAAGAGACUUCACUUAUGAUUGGACAGAUCAAGGUUGCCCUGGGGAGGAAGUAUGGUGAUGGAGAACAUGGGAGGAAAGCUAAGGAUACUUUAGCAGAAUUCAUUCAGAUAUUAGGGGUAUACAAGGGAUUAUGUGUUCCUUGGCUUGCAUGGCUGAAUCGUUUCAAUGGUUUGGAUGCUAGAGUGAAAAGAGUGGUUAAACAGAUUGAUCAAUUCAUAGAGGGAGUAAUUGAAGAGCACAGGAACAAGGCUGUUGCUGAUACUACUGAGACAACCUGCUCAGACUCUCUGGACAUUUUGCUUCCGAUACAGAGGGAAAAGUUGUUUGCUAUUGAGCAUGAUUCUAUCAAAGCUGUCAUUUUGGACAUGUUUGAAGGUGGAACUGACACAACACAUACAAUUAUGGAGUGGGCAAUGGCUGAACUCCCGAGGCAUCCCAAAAUCUUGAAGCAGUUGCAGAAUGAGGUAAGACAGAAAGCAAAUGUAAAAUCAGAAAUCACUGAAGAUGAUUUAGACAAAAUGCAAUGCCUAAAAGCAGUGAUAAAGGACGUUCUGAGACUUCAUGCACCUGUUCCGUUACUACUUGCCAGAGAAUCAACUCAAGAUGCCAAAGUAAUGGGGUAUGAUAGUUCAGCAGGCACACAAGUACUCGUGAAUGCUUGGCAAUUGGAAGAGAUUCAAACGUUUUGGGAUAAUCCUGAGGGAUUCAGCCAAAGAGAUUCUUGA